AUGUUCAAGCACCGACCUCUCAACCUAGAUUUGACCAACUCUCGCGCGGAGAAGCCUGCGGCCCUCCGCGAGACCGGAAGAGACGCGUUUUUACCCUGCAAAACCCCCACUUCCGCAGGCUUUCUCAACAGACUCAAGUUCCUACCCAACUCCAUGACCAAAGAAGAGUUUAUGCAGACUUUGGACCCGUCUCACGACGAAGAAACGCGGCGCAGCAUAGCAUUUCUUUAUUCAGGUUCAUUUUAUGAUGAUACACCUUACGGUGAUCAUUCUCACCUAGCUCCUCCCCCACUUCCAUACUUCUCUAUAUCAACAAGUUUACCUAUCAUCGAUGAUUCCAACGUCGCUGCGGAGGCAACCCUAGAUGAACCAGAAAUCGUGGUCGCAGACAAGAAGCCGAAGUUGGUCUACGACUACGCGCGACAAUACGCCAUCGAACAUGGUGUCUGGCCCAAAGUUAGCGUUUUCAACGACAGCUAUAUUCCCGAGGAGAUGUACGAAUCCGACACCACCGAAGGGUCAGGAGACUCCGGUGCAGACGCUGAUGGAGAGGCCGACGACGAAGAAGACAUGGACGAGGAUAUUUCCUCCUACUUUACCCCCGUUAUUUUCCCCGCACAAGUUUCGCAAGAUCCACCAGCUACCUUUUCUCCCUCUCCACCUCCCGAAUUACCCCCAGCACCCUUUAUUCCCUCAAUUACUAUUCCCUCUGUCACAAUCCCCUCUUCAUCCUACGACGAAACCAUGGACCCAUCCUCCGAAGAGGACAACGACAACAGCGAUGACCCAGACUUCCAGGAUCCCUCCUACGAGCGCCAGCAGCAACAACUUCACCACCAAUUCUCCUCCGCCAUCUCCAAUACCAACAACGUACCGGAGCUCUCCUCUCCAAGCUCUUCCUCUUCCGGCCCUGAUUCACCCUUCCCCAUCACUCCCAAAACCUCUCCUAAGCGCAAGACCACCAUCAAACGCGCCCGCGCCAAACCCUAUUCCACCGACAAAUCUGCUCGCCGCAAAUCCAGCUCGGGCUCCGAUGACGCGUACGACCCCACCUCCCCUUCUCCUUCAGGCGGCAUCGGCGAAGACGUACACGACCGCUCUCCUGACAAGCCAUACAUAACCUUCCGCUGCAAGAAGACGGGCAAGAUGAUGUUCCAAUGCCGCGCGUGCCCCGACAUUCAGAGCAAGGCGCUCGGGGAUAUGAAGCGGCAUUUGGAGGGCCUCAGGCACCAGAAGCCGAGCUAUAAGUGCGACCCGGAGACGUUUGAGUUUGGGUGUGGGCGGGAAUUCACGAGGACGGACGCCUUGAAGAGGCAUAUCAAGUCAAAGCAUCCGAUGGGAUGGGCGGUAUAUGAAUGGGAGAUGGAAGAGCAGGAGCGUGCGAUGGGCGGGCGUGGCCUGAAGAAGGCAAGGAAGCAAGCUGUGUAA